GCCCCCUCUAUAUGUCAAGCCGGCCAAACCCCACCAAGUCCCCACUUCUCCUUCCUCUCCUGGCACCCGACUCCUGUCCCACCCUGAUUGCUUUGGACCAGCUUCCAGUUUGACCCAUCAAGAUGGCCUCCGCCCUGGACCAAGCAGUCUGUAGCAUGAUCGCCAUUUUCCACAAAUACUCGGGCAAAGAAGGAGAUAAAAAUACCCUAAGCAAAAAAGAACUGAAGGAACUGAUUCAGAAGGAGCUGACCAUCGGGCCGAAACUGAAGGAUUCCGAGAUCCAGGGGCUGAUGGAGGAUCUGGACCGCAACAAGGACCAGGAGGUGAACUUCCAGGAAUUCAUCACAUUCGUGGGAGCCAUGGCCAUGAUUUACCAUGAAGCCCUGUGCUCAUCGCAUUAGACCGGACAGGACGUGGCCCGGAAGACCAAGGCGCGUGGGUCUAUAGGCAGUUGCAUGCCCAAUAAAAACAGAGUUUUGUAAA